AUGCCACGUCGGCAUUACCACAAACACGCUUGUUUCGCCCUCGAACGCAGCAUAAAGUACGAAGAAGCACGAGUUGUUAACCUGCCAGAAGCUAGCAACGUAAAUUGUUGCUUGUGCCUUUACAUCGUAUCAUUUCCUAAACAAUUGAUGCGAUGUGGCCAUAUUUUCUGUCAUUCCUGCAUUGUUCGCUGCUUCAGAAUCUUUGAAAGAUGUCCACUGUGUCGAGGUCGAUCGAGUUUCAAGGAAAUCAAAGACGUUUCCGAAGAAUAUAAGGAAAUGUUGAGUCAGUUGAAGUAUCGAUGCAUUCACCCGGGCUGUAACAUUGCUAUGGGACUGCCUGGAAUUCACUAUCAUCAACUUCUAUGUCCUAACAGACCUCAAAUCGAUGUACGAAAUGCCGAUGCGAAUGAUGACGAAUACGAGUGGAACAGCGCUAUUCUGGUCAACACGUACAUCAAGAACGGGUUGGUAAAUAGCGAAACUCAUAAAAAGGAUAUCUCUGAGGCUUUCUUCGUAAAGAACGGUACUGGCCAUGCUGCAGAUGGAAAUGAUGAAGAGAUACUCGUGGAUGUCGACGAAGAUACUGUGGAUGAAGAUACUGCGGAUGAAGAUACUGCGGAUGAAGACACUGCGGAUGCUAGAAAUGAUGAUGUUAACAUUGAAAUUAAUAAUGAUAAUGCUAAUUACGUUUGUAGAAAUCCGUGUGUAAGCGGCAGCAGCAGCGACACAGACAGCUUCAAAAGCUGCACUUUAGAACUACAGAAUGAUGGUCGUUUGCAAGCGAUCAACGCUGCCAGCAACUGCGCCAAUAUGGGAAACAACGAGAACUACCGCAAUAAAUUUGUCAUGGUUUCGCAAGACAACGCAAUUGAUCGCCGCCGUGCAAUAAAUGAAGCUGCUUUGAUGGCUUCUGUGAGAAGAGUUAUUGCCGCUCUGUUCAUUCAACCAAACAGACCUUGCGAUAUUUGGCUUAGAGUACAUUCGUUCAAAUCUCUGAUGCGAAACCCUAGGGAACAAAUCUCACUAACUUCGAAAGCCCGAGAGCAGUACAUGAAGAUGCAGUCGCUGCAACAGCAACGGCAAUUCGAACUCGAAAGUUUUCAACAGCCUGCGACAAUUCAUCAAUUGUUUGCAUCUCAACAAACCGCCACAGCAUUCCAACCGGUGGCAGCUUCUCGAGAAAUAGCAACCACUUCGCAUGAAAGUACAACGGACUCUCAAGAAGUUGCGUCGACAUCUCAAAAUGAAGAACAUGCAAACGGAGCAGUAACGACUGUUUCAGAGAUUUCAACAUCUCAGUCGAUUGCAUCAACUUCACACAACACUUCAACAUCUCAACAAGCCCACUCUGAACAGUUGGGAACUAAUGUUCAGCAUCAGACACCACCAACGACAAGUCAGCAGCAGUCUGAAACAGCAGCAGCAACACUUCAACAACUUGAAACAACACCUCAACAACCCGAACUGCCAGGAACAACAAGAACAAGCGAACAACUCCCGUCUACAGCAAGAAACAACGAGGCGACAACAUUUGAGACAACAGCAGAUGCAUGGAUGGAGCCCUCCACAUCUACUAAUGAUCUUAAUCCUUACAAUCGCAAAAUUUCUCGUUUCGGUACCGCUACAUCUUUUUUAUCAAACCCAAUUGCCACUGAACUUCUUGUUCCUACAGCGGCUAACUUUUCAGACGUUUUUAGUUCCUCAUUUAGUGAUUUUUUUAAUUUCCAUUCUCUAGGUGUUAGCAUUCCGGCUAACAGUUUGUUCAAUUUCGGUAAUAACCGUUUCGGUCUCAACAACUCUAACCCCCCUGCUGCUAAUUUCCGUGAUUUUCUUAUUAAUCAAUUUCCUCUUUGGAAUUUCUCAUCUAAUCAUACUCUUAAUCCUGAUAACAAUCGUCCCAAUCUUUUCAAUCCCGAUUCUCCCUACCAUCAACAUCAUCUUCCUCCCCCACCUCCCAACCCUUCUGUUCCCAAUCCCUACUUCUCAAAUGGCAUCUCCGAUGAUUUCCAUCUCGCCGAUUUCCCCACAGAAGAUGAACCUCAGCACAGUCUAACAGUAAUACGUGAUCCGGCGCGCUCAAUGAGAAACAACUACAUGGUACCGGACAUGGAGACGCCAUUCCUCUCUGAAGAAAUAUUGAAAGAAAUUUUCGAGACGAUCUUGUUAUCUGCACAUAGAAGUCUCUGUGAUUCUGAACUGUGGAAUCAGAUAAUUGCACGUGCCAACCUGCCAAACUCACAAGAAGAUGUCCUUUUGUACGGAAAGUUAUGGAAGGAGAUUAUUAGACAAAUUGAAAAUUGCUAUCACAAAGUUAAUGAAGGCUUUUGGUCGUCUCUUUCAGAAGUCAACAGGCUUGAGAUAUGCCAGUUGCUUAGUAAAAAAAUAUUGAAAAGGUGGGAAAGGUUGAUGACCUCCAAAAACAGACAGAUCAAAGUUCAGAUGAGAUGUCACCAAGCCCAGCAUUUCGGAUACAUCAACUUCUUCGGCCAAUUCAGAAUUUUCGGUAGUAGGUCCGAAAAUUAUAAUUUUUGA